AUGCCGGGAGUAAUCUGUUUCCCUCACAGGAGGCUCAGCCAUGUAUCGGAAGGAUAAGAGCAUCCAGAUGAAGAGCAGCGCCUCGGCACUCUACAACAACCUCAGCGUCUUACCCAUCAGUGACAAGAGCCUCACCUACUUCACCGUCGUCCAUGGCAACACCGUCAACAUGGUGAGCGCCUCCACCGAUGGGCUCAACUUCUCCCACCGCCAGCUGCAGUCCAAGGAGGGGAGUGUGGCCCUGAGCUCCUCCCUCAUCACACAGGCUCUAUUCUGUCACUCACCCCUCCUCUCCUCUCUAUUCUGUCACUCACCCCUCCUCUCCUCUCCCCUGCAGAUGUAUGAGUCGGACGGAUCCAUCAUGGUGUACUGGCAUGCACUGGAUGCCCUGGAAACUCCUCAGGCUCAGGCCGUGUUUGCCCGCGGUAUCGCUCCGGCCGGAGGACGGUACAUCUGUGUCGGAACAUCCUCCGGUCUGGUUCUGGUGUUUGACGUCCCGGUGAAAGGCACAAAUAUCACACUGGCUGAGGUCCUGGCCGAGCACAGAGAUGCGAUCACUGACAUCGCCAGCGAGACGUGUGGGGGAGGGCAGAACAGAGCGGCCGACCUGGUGACAGCUGACGACUCUGGCCUGCUGUGUGUCUGGAAGAGUGGAGAGGACUUGCGACUGGUCAGCAAGAUCUCUGCUUAUGGGGUGACAUGCUCCUCCGUGAAGCUGUGGGAUGGAGUGAUUGCAGCUGCCUAUGGGACGGGUCAGAUUCGGGUGUACGAUGCCGCCACAGGAAGUGUAUGUGCGGAGCUGGAUGCCCACGCCAGGUGGAUCUACUCUCUUGAUGUGGCCCCUGAGACUGGCAGACUUCUCUCCGGAUCCGAGGAUUCCUUUGUACAGAUCUGGCAGUUGAGUCGCUGUGCCGAGUCCGGCUCCAUUGAGGUGGAGCACCGCCAUUCAGAAUGUGUGACAGACACUCAGAUAUGUGGGGGGAGAUUCUGCGAUCCUCAGGGGUCGUCCUUCGCCGUGACGGGAUACGACCUGAGCGAGAUCAUCCGCUAUGUCCAGAUAUAGGAUAUCCUGUGCUGACGUGAGCUCAUUGGUGGAGCUG